GACUCUGAAUAGAUGAAGAAGAUGGGAAUCACGCACGUUGACUUUCCUUUCCAACUCUUUCUUCCCCCUUUCUGCGUCUUUUCUGUUAAAUCUAAAUCCUCGGAACCUCUGAGGUUUUCUUGAUGAUUCCAUUAUUUUUUAUUCUUUAACAUAACUUUUUUUUCAAAUACAUCCUCUGUCUCAAUGGGGACUCCGGAGUUUCCAGAUCUGGGGAAACACUGCUCCGUUGAUUAUUGCAAGCAGAUCGAUUUCUUGCCUUUCACAUGCGAUCGAUGCGUCCAGGUGUUCUGUUUGGAUCAUCGUAGCUACAUGAAACACUCUUGUCCGAAAGGAAACAGAGGAGAUGUAACGGUCGUUAUCUGUCCGUUAUGUGCUAAAGGAGUUAGGUUAAACCCUGACGAAGAUCCAAACAUCACUUGGGAGAAACACGUGAACACAGAUUGUGAUCCAUCGAACUACGAGAAAACUGUCAAGAAGAAGAAAUGUCCUGUCCCAAGAUGCAGAGAGUUGCUUACCUUCUCCAACACUAUAAAAUGCCGAGAUUGCAGUAUCGACCAUUGCUUGAAACAUCGGUUUGGACCUGACCAUAGUUGCUCUGGACCUAAGAAGCUUGAAUCUAGUUUCUCAUUCAUGGGUUUCUUGAGUACUGCAACUAACACAAAAGAAACUCCCGCUUCAUCAUCUUCAAGAUGGUCUAGUCUUUUAGCUUCUGCGGAAGCUAGUAUCAGAGAACUCGGUAACGAUAUUAGCCAGAAGUUGCAGUUCUCGAGUGGCGGCGAUGGUAGUUCGGAGAAAACGCAGGAGAGGAAUGGUAAAGUUACGGUUGAUGUUUGUCCGAAAUGCAGCAAAGGGUUUCGUGAACCGGGGGAGCUAUUGAAGCAUAUUGAUAAGGAUCAUCGUGGUACUUCUAUAGCUUAGAAGCAUGAUGGAAGUGAUGAUGAAUGAAUUGGUUAAAUAUUUGUGUGAUUGUAACAUUUUUGUUCUUGUGUUGUUGUAACAUUCUUUGCGAUCGGUCUGGGUUUUAUGGUUUAUGAAUUAUAGAAAAGCGGUCUAUGAAAGCAGGAACAUGUUAAGAUUUGAUACA